GCCAAUAAAAACGACGUCGUAGCAGACCCCAUUUCUGUUUUUUCUUCAUUCGGAUUCGGAUUCGGAUUCGGAUCAUACCAGUAACAGACAUGGGACUCCAUAUGAUUUGCAGAGAAAAGCAAAAGAAGGAAAGUGAUUAUUACUAAACAACAAUCUCAUCAUAGUGUUCAUCACGAGAAAAAGCUCAUCCCACCUAUAUUAGUUUUUCUUUAUCUCACUUUUAUACAAAAUAGUAGUAAUUAUGUGUGUGUGUGUUCAUGUAUUGUGAAGAAGAAGAUCAGUUGGAGGAAUGAGAAUGAUUAAAGGUCGAACGAGAAAAAGGGGUUCUUUUUUUUUUUUGAAUCUGGGUGUUCCCAAAUGCCUUUUCUUCUUCUUCCUUUUUGAGCAUUAAGCUAUGCCUGACCAUUUCUGUUUCUUCACCAAGGAUACUUUCAUCAUAAAGCCACCAAAGAAGUCUCCACUGCUGCUAAGAGUGGUGGUCUUACUUUUUGCAAUGAUAUGUGGAAUAUAUAUAUGUUUGAUUUGUAUGAAACAAAUUGGUUCACAUUCCAGUGGAUUGCUCGCGACUGUUCAUGUCAUUGAAAGACCAUGUGAGACGACUAAUGUUGAAACUUCAGAAAAACCUUACGUGCAUUUCCCCAAGCCAAAAACUUUUAGCCGGGCUGAGUGUGCUUGCAAUCCUGUAAGGUUUUUUGCAAUUUUGUCCACUCAGAGGUCUGGCAGUGGAUGGUUUGAAACAUUGUUGAACAGCCAUAUGAAUAUAAGCUCUAACGGGGAGAUUUUUUCUGAUAAAGUCCGGAAAAGUAAUGCAUCAACAAUUUUGGAAACAUUGGACCAACUCUAUGACCUAGACUUUUUGACCAGCGCUUCCAAGAAUGAAUGUACAGCUGCAGUUGGUCUGAAAUGGAUGCUCAAUCAGGGUCUAUUGCAGCAUCAUGAGGAAUUUGUUGAGUACUUCAAACGAAGAGGAGUUUCUGCAAUUUUUCUCUUUAGAAGAAAUCUUUUGCGCAGAAUGGUUUCAAUGCUAGCAAAUUCCUAUGAUCAGAAUGCUAAGCUGUUAAACGGAACCCACAAGUCUCAUGUGCAUUCUCCCAAGGAGGCUGAGAUUCUUGCAAGUUACAAGCCUAAAAUAAACACAGCCACGCUGAUCGAUAACCUAAAGCAAAUACAAGGCAUGGCUGCCAAUGCUUUGGAGUACUUCAAAAGCACUCGACACAUGAUCUUGUUCUAUGAGGACGUAAUAAAAAAUCAAUCUAUGCUGAAUGAUGUGCAAGAUUUCCUGAAUGUUCCAAGAAUGGACCUCCAUAGUCGUCAAGUGAAGAUACACAAGGGGCCACUGUCUUCGCAAGUUGAAAAUUGGAGUGAUGUUGAAAAGGCACUCAAGGGAACACCUUAUGAAAGCUUCCUACACGCAGAUUACAAAAUAUAAAUGAUGCAGUCCUUGUGUAUAUGUAGCUUGUGUUUUUUUAACUCUUCUUUCAUUAUUUAUGUCUAAGCAGAGGCUAGCGGGGAACUUAAGGUUACAAUUUGGCUGCCGCAGGUUAUCUUCUAGCUCCCCUCGUUUCAGGUAAUCGAUUUUGCCUAUGUUUUUGACUCGUCACAUUAAAUAGAUUUUGUACCUACUGAGAAUGAAAGUAUCAAUUUUGACCUCAAAGUGAUUCUUCUCCGUCUAUUUGGAACUGUAUGAUUUUUAAUCCA